AUGCUUCUUUUCCACCCCUUAAAUACUUAUAACAAAAAAAAUACCUUCUACUAGUGUAAAAAAUAUACGCUUACCAGUACACCAUUAAAAUCUAUAAAAAGUCAUUACAAAAUAAAUAUUUAAACAAUUAGCUCCGUUGGUAACACCAUGUGUAGCAUCUAAUGCAAAUAAAACCAUAGCUAGAACUUUUAUUUUUAAACAUGGUUGCAUUAAGUGACGUCGGUGAUUACACUGAUAGACGAAUUCCAUUAGUAAUAUGUAAGUACCUCACUACCUCUUAUAACACAAAAAGCAUAGCAAAUAAAAUAACCAAUACUUAACUACGAAUAAUAAGCAGGCAUCCAUUCACUCCUUCUUUGUCACUACCGAAUCCAAGAUGCCUGGUGUAUUUAUUACAAAACUUAAAAUCCAACUAUUCGUUUUCAUUAGUUUUUGCUUUCUUCAUAAUGUUGAAAGCAGGGUAGUUGGAAAUGAUCUCGGCGAUUGCAUACAAAAACUUGUUGCAGAAAUCCAGAUAACUGAACCACAUGUAGACGCGACUGUUGUGAACUUUAAGGCAUCUUCGCAAACGGAUAACAUAUUAAAAAAUAUUAACAAUGUCCGAUACAUUAUCCGAUCAUUUUUGUGGAUUCAAAAUCCUUUUAGAAACUCUUUGUAUAUUAUUUACGGGGAUGAUGUUGACGUAUUAGCAACUGGUAUCAAAUCUAUGAAAAAAGAUUAUUAUUGGAACCCAAGAGCUAACUUUAUUAUAAUCCUACAAGACUUAAGCAUUCAACUUGAUAUGUUAUCAAACCAACUCUUUGAAGAAAAUAUAUUUAAUGUGAGUGUACUUAACAAAGUGGAUAACGAUUAUGAGAUUUUCACGUUCGAUGGUAAGUUAGACGCUUGCGGUAGACCAGAUAUUAAAACACUAGAAUAUGUAACACGGUGCUCUAAGCUAACUGGUCAAACUAACAUUUUUAAUAUUAAAAAGCCCAAGAACUUUCGAGGAUGUCAUGUGAAAAUGGUUAGCCACCACUUUUGGCCAUUUGUGAAUUUAAACAAAAUUGAAAAUAAGGAUCCUGGUAUUACUGAUAUGACAUUGCAAAUGUGGAAUAAAUAUGCUGGUGUGACUGCUGAAUUAGUGAAAUUUGAGAAAGAUAAUUUUUUUGGGAGAGUCACCAGAAAUUAUACCUACACGGGAAUGCUCAGUUGGGUAGAACAAAAGAAAUUGGAUGGCGCUAUAGGAGGAUAUACUGUAACAUUUGAUAGAACAAGAGCAUUGGACUAUUCGUACCCUUAUACCGUAGAUCAUGGCAUUGCUAUUGUAGCAAGAGCCGGUAUGCUAACUAGCUGGAGGGCAGUCUUAUUACAAUAUAAUUCAUACUCAGUAGCAAUAAUUUCAGGGUUCCUGGUAUUUUUCUGCUAUGCUGCUGUAAAAUAUUCUAUUUUCAGUAAGAAUAAGAAAGAAAUGAGUUACGGUAUCCUCAUUGUAUUUGGAUAUGUUUGUUCUAAUAUGCGUAACAGUCAUGUAAGAAAAAAUGACUCCCUCCGUUUAAUUGUAUGUUCUUUGCUAAUAUUUGUGUUUUUUAUUUCCUUUUUAAAUCAAGCUUAUCUUUCGAGUGCUACAACAACACCAAUAAGACGUCAUCAGAUACAAACUUUGCAAGAGACAUUUAAAGAAUGUAAGCCUUUGAUAGGUUGGACUUGGAAUACAGUAUUUGGUAUAAAUAAAACAGUGGACUGUGUAUCUGUAAUGGAUUGUUUGAGAAAGGUCAAAGAUGAGAAGAAAAAAUUGUACACUGUUUUAACCCAAAUAUCAUAUACGACUUAUUCUUUCAAAUUAUUGGAUCAGUUUGGAGAAAUUCAGGUAUAUCCAAUAAUGCAGCCAAUAGUCAAUAUGUGCAGGGGAACAUACUUUCGUCGAGGUUCCCCAUUCUUAGAUUCGUACAGCAAAUUAAUUGAACGCUGUACAGAGAGCGGUGUCGCGGCACAAUACUACAAGUCUUUAAUUUAUCGAGAUCGUAUAAAAUAUUUAAUUGAAUUUCUUCGUCAGAAUCAAGAUCCAAAUCCGGAACCAUUAAUGGAACUAUUCGUUGUGCUUCUAAUAGGAUAUGCCUUAUCUUUACUAGUUUUCAUUUAUGAGUGUAGAACUAAAAUUAGGUCUUACUAUAAUCGGGCGUUACAUGUACGUACACCAUGAUGAUUUAGUGUAUUUACAAAGUUUUCUUUGUAGACAGUACAAUAAAUAGGUAAGCAAAUGAAAUGUUUGCCUACGUUACUAUUACUGCACAUGUACAUAUUAGGUUCCCGAACUAAUAUUUUCAGAAACUAAUCUAGACGAUCGAAUGCUGACUAUUUCAAUAGAUCAAAACUAAAUAAUAGAAGCCCAAAAGCACCAUGCACCACGCAAGGUGGUAACUCAGAUGAGUCCAUGAAAAUGACAUUGCUGUUUUAAGAGUGUAAAGUGUGAUAGGUAAUUAUUAUUAAUGAUUAAUAAAUUGAUGUUGAUAAAGUUUGUUAUUUUUUUGUCUCCACGUAAACUGACUAAUUUUG